AUGUGGAAGGUUUGUGAGAGAGCAAAUGACCUUCUCUUCGUCUUGGAUGCCAGCUGGUGUGUCCACGACGUCGAAUUUAACAGAAGAGUAUUAGUGAAAAUGGUCGGCUGGGUGCGUGCAAAUGGAUUGUGCGCGAGUCUCCUGGGACUGGCGACUCUGUCAGCCUCGGUCUCCCCCCAGCUGCAGUACCUCCCUCCCUUGAAGCCCGCCAGUUCCGUGACCCCUCUGUGUGCCAUGUCCACCACUGUCGUCACUCGAUACGUGACAACGAUAAAAACGCAGUGGAUAACGACUACUCUGUCACCAUCAAUGGAGUCGUCACACUUCCUCGGCUACCUGCCACCUGCUCCGGACGACCAGGCCUGUCCGACCACGAUCACGGUCACGUCAGAAUCUUACCCUAGUCGCGGAGGCUUUGUUACCCCGAUGCCCUCUCUCGUGACGCCUUACGAACCCGUAACCUCACAGAACAUAGUAAUAACUCCGUGUCGAUGUGAUGCAUGUUCUUACGUGGUGCGGACGGAUCCUUGCGAGUGCGCGGAGGAAUUUGGAUGCGGCGCUGAGCCUCUCUUGUUCAAGGAAACGCCAAAUGAGUGACUCGGAAGAAGUGAAGGGUAGAGUCUCCUUGGGCGAAGGGGAAAACACAGUCGUCUUUAUCAUGUGAUCCUGCAAUAUGUGAUGCUUUAUUUGCUUGUCAUUUAUAUAAAAAAGUUCUGUAUUUUCAUGCUGCUGCAUAAUGAUGGAAAUGUAACCCUUUCAAUAAACAUUGUGUAAACUGA